AUGAAAUUUUCUGUAGUCAUCUGUUUUCUUCUAAUUACUUGUUGUACAAGUAAUCCAACAACGACUCCCAAUAGACUUCGUUCAAGAAAUUAUGCUGGUUGUGAUGCUCUUAUCGAUAGUUGUGGUCCGAAUGGUGCCUGCUGUGAUAUACAUGAUGAUUGUUACGCAAAAAAUAAAUGUACACGUCUUAGUUGGAUUAUUCCAUCAUCGACAGCUUGUAUAAAAUGUAAUACCGAUGUGGUUAAGUGUAUUGCAACUAAAGAUCCGGGUCCAAGUCGCUGUUGUCAGAAUGGUGGUAAAUGCUGUGGAUCCCGUGAUGAAAAUUGUCUAAAAUCAAGCUAAACAUACUUGAAUUUUAUAGUAAAAUUAAUACUAUAUAAUUAUUCAUCAAUAAAAUAAUAUGAAGCAUGUUAAAUAAAUCAUUUUCAAUUAAAACUUCUCUUAUUUAUUGACUUUAUGUCAAAUUAUUUGAAUUUCAUUCAUUUGUCUCUGACAAAAAUAAAAGUGAUUACCUAUAAAAAAAAUUUUAUAUAUGUUAAGAAAUGCAUAUUUCGUAUAGGACGUAUACAUAUGCGCUUAUAAAUUCACGUAAUCGUACGCUUGAAAAUCCAUGUGAUUCAAACGAGACAAAAGCCUUCUGUAGACUGUUCGAUUUAAUGUGUGCUAUACCAACGGUAGUUUGAUACUUAAAUAGUUGGCUAUCCUCUAAUGACCAUUCUAUUAUGGUAUACCAAUAGUUGUUCUCUGACGAGAAAUCUACUAUCUGUAUACCGUUGGUUCUUAUGAGUAGCGCGAACAAACUUAUGAAAUGAGACGUUUUAAUUUUUAUGAGUCAUAUUCGGUUUUUGUAUGUUUGAUCGAUGAUCGGAAGUUAUUACAGUUAGUAUAUUAAACUCUAUGAGACAAUAUUUAUUAUAUUUUACAUUUACAUUUUUUCCU